AUGUUUGAGCUUAGGCCUUUAUGGCCAUGCCUUACUAUACUUUUCAAUCUUCUGCUACUGUUAGAUCUAAUUCAAAUCAGCAUUUGCUUUAAUAUUGAUGUCAGACAUACUGUUGUACAUCGAAGCAGUGCUAAUUCCAUGUUUGGUUAUUCCAUUGACUUCUACCAAUACGAUGGAAUGACAUUUUUAUUAGUUGGGUCACCAAAAGCAAACAGUAGUGCUAAGCAGCCAGGGGUCAGAAGCAGUGGGGCUGUUUUUCGUUGUUCGGUUGACAAACCACUCUGCUCGGAGAUUUUCCUCGAUAGAAAAGGAUAUGAUUUAUUGGAAAUCAAUAAAGCACAUAUUUUCAUAGGUAAUGAAAAGCGACUAAAUGGAUCACAUUUGUUGCAAAUAGAAGAGAAGUCGGGUCAAAUGCUAGGUGCUACAAUUCGAGUGUCCAAAAAAGGCGAUACCGUACUGGUAUGUGCACCUCAUUACAAAUAUUUUUUUUCAAAAUUUGAAGUAAUUGAACCAGUGGGAACUUGCUUUUAUGCUUCAAGUGGAUUUGAAAAUAUAGAAGAAUUUGCUUCUUGUCGUCAAGAACCAGCGCGACAUGGCCAUCAUAGAUUAGGCUAUGGUAUGUGUGGUUUUAGUGCAGCUAUCGCUAAUGAUGGCAAGGACUUACUGUAUAUCGGUGCUCCCGGGGCAUAUUACUGGCAAGGAGCAGUUUUUGCACAAAGUGUUAAGAAUAAAUUUGAUAAACCAAAUACUCGAGAUGGACCCGCGCAUCACGACAAUAAUAAUCUCGGUUAUUCUGUAGCUGCUGGCGAUUUUGACGGCGACGGAAUAGAUGACGUAGUGGCUGGAGUACCACGUGGGAAUAAUCUCGUUGGUGCUGUUUAUAUUUUUAACAAUAAAUUAAUUUCACUACGAAAUCUUACUGAUAAAAAUGGACAAAAAGGGCAAUUUUUUGGUGCAGCUGUGGCAGUUACAGAUUUAAAUGACGACGGUUAUGAUGAUGUUAUCGUUGGCUCACCAUUUUAUACUGAUUACAAGACAGUAAUGGAUGUAAAAACUCAAGAACACAAGCCACGUUAUGAUAUUGGCAAAGUUAUGGUUUUCUUCCAAGGACCAGAUCAUGAUUUUCCAAAGUGGGAAUCUCUACUGGGACAUACUGAGUGGUCACGUUUUGGUCAUUCCAUUGCAGCUGCUGGUGACUUGAAUCAAGACGGUUAUAAUGAUUUCAUUGUUGGAGCACCUUACGAUGGUGAGGAUGGCGGAGGUGCAAUAUACGUAUAUCAUGGAGCUAAAAAUGGUGUACGUAAGGAACCAACACAAAAAAUUGAAGCGCAUAAAAUAAAUUCUGGGUUGAAAGCAUUUGGAUUUUCACUUGCAGGUGGCAAAGAUAUCGAUAAAAACCAAUAUCCAGAUAUUGCUGUUGGAGCAUAUCAAAGUGCCCAUGUGGUUGUCUUUAAAACAAAACCAGUAGUAACAGUGAAAGGAUCAUUGAUUGCAAGUAAAAAAUCGAUAAAUCUCGAAGAUAAAACUUGUCCAACAGAAUUUGGAAUGAUGGCAUGUAAUCAAGUAAAGCUGUGCAUGGAAUAUGAAGGCAAAGGUCAAUCUCCCCCAAACAUUGAUCUGAAACUUAUCGUUCAACUUGAUUCUAAAAAAACUAUUACACCUCGAGCGUUUUUCAGACGACGAGAUUUAAACAAUAAGCGGAACACAAAAGUUCACAGGAAAUCGUCAUCUCGUGAUCAUCCAGAUAUCAUUGAGCAAACUGUGAAUUUACGAAAAGGAUAUGAAUUUUGUGAUAUUUAUGAUUUUUAUGUUUCGGACACAAUUCGUGAUAAGCUCAGCGCUAUUCAUGUUAUAGCAAAUUACAGUUACGAAGAGCGCAAAUCAGGCAUUUCAACUUCCGGACACUUAGAACCAGCCUUAGACACUACUGUACCUUUGGCUUUUGAAGUUGAACUUCCGAUUGAUAAAAAUUGUGGCCCAGACGAGAAAUGCAUCCCAGACUUACAAGUGCAUGCUAUCUCAAACAAAAAAAAGUUUACGCUUGGCGCAGCUGACCAAUCAUUAAUUGUGAACGUAAGUGUUGUGAAUAAUGGUGAAGAUUCACAUGAAUCUCAAUUUUACAUUACUAUACCGCCUGGUUUUGAAUAUGGUGGCGUGGAAAAUCAUGCUACACAACAACCGAUCAGCUGUUCACCUCAAGGUAAAGCAGGCAAACACGAGGAAUACAUUUUUGCAUGCGAUAUUGGUAAUCCUUUAGCAGGAAAUAGUGAGGCGAAAUUCGGAUUUCGGUUGACAGGAACUGAAGUUGAUGCUUCUAAUGAUGUAGAGAUUAAGAUGUUCGUCAAUAGUUCAAACGAAGAAGCUUUUGGUCAUACCACUGAUAAUAAGCUAACAUUGAAAGUUCCAGUAGAGAUAGAAGCACAACUUUCUUUAGUCGGUCGAUCAACUCCCGAGCAGUUAGAUUAUUCUAUCCGAAACAGAACUCCAUCUGAUGCUAUUUUUGAUUCUGAAAUUGGUCCUGUAGUCAGUCAUCUAUACCAGGUAAUAAAUCGGGGUCCAAGUGCAAUCAGUGGUGCUUCUUUGGAUAUUAUUUGGCCAAGUUUUGCUGAAAAUGGCAAACAUUUAUUAUAUUUGAUUGAUGAACCACAGGUUAAUGAUGCUGAUAAGGUCAAAUGUCGGGUAAAACAAGCACAAAAUGUCAAUCCAGACAGUUUAACGGUAAGUAAAUAG